AGUGGUCACGUUGAUUCCAUUAGGUGCCACCCACGUCCCCUGAGAACUGUUGCAACACUCACUUACUGCAGUUAUGCAACUCAGGGGAAGGUUUUCAUGUUCCAUCCUUUUCCAAUGAACAUAGUCGUGAUUACGAACACGUCUGUCAUUGAACACUAACUGGCCAUUGACUCUUGCAAUAAUGCACACAAUACACAAGAGAAGACAAGAAACUUGCAUCAUUCCUCUAUUAAAACUAUACUCUUUCCCAACCCAUGCCUCAGAAAC